AUGGCUCUUAACUAUAACAAGUUUCCUCAACUAAUAUCAGCGUUUUGUAACUUGAACAAUUUUAGAACAUUGUCAACGACUUGUUCGAAUAAGGCAAAAAUAAAUUUUAACUGGGAAGACCCUUUGAAUUUAGAUCGACUAUUACUUGACGAUGAAAAGGCAGUUCGAGACUCUGUGAAAACGUAUUGUCAAGAGAAACUAUUGCCUAGAGUGGUUCAAGCUAAUAGAAAUGAAACGUUUGAUCGGGCUAUUUACAAAGAAAUGGGCGAGUUAGGUAUUCUUGGGUGUACAAUUAAGGGCUACGAUUGUGCCGGAGUAUCGUCGGUUACAUAUGGGCUUAUAACGAGAGAAUUGGAUGGUGUAGAUUCGUCUUAUAGAUCCGCUAUGAGUGUACAGAGUAGUUUAGCAAUGGGUGCUAUUUAUAUGUAUGGUUCAGAGGAACAAAAACAAAAAUAUUUACCAAAAAUGGCAAAGGGUGAUCUAGUAGGCUGUUUUGGUCUAACUGAACCUAAUUACGGUAGUGACGCCGGCGGGUUAGUAACAAAGGCGAAGUAUGAUUCUAAAUCGAAAACUUAUGUUCUGAGCGGUUCCAAAACGUGGAUUACGAACUCACCUAUAGCAGAUGUACUUGUUAUUUGGGCUAAAGACGAGGAAAAUAAAGUAAGGGGCUUUAUUGUGGAUAGAAGCCUAGUAAAUAAAGGUCUAGACACGCCUAAAAUUGAAGGAAAAUUUUCUUUAAGAGCUUCCCAAACGGGUAUGAUAUUGCUCGACGAAGUAGUUAUACCAGAGGAGAGUUUAUUACCCGGGGUAGUGGGUAUGAAGGGGCCUUUCGGAUGUCUCAAUAAUGCGAGAUACGGGAUCGCUUGGGGCGCUCUCGGUGCGGCCGAAUCAUGUUUGCGGAUUGCUCGACAGUACACAUUAGAUCGGAAACAAUUUGGAAAACCGCUCGCUUCGAACCAGCUGAUACAAAAGAAAAUGGCGGACAUGAUAACUGAAAUAAGUCUCGGUUUUCAAGGUUGCUUGCACGUCGGUCGUCUAAAAGAUGAGGGUUUAGUAGCUCCCGAAAUGAUUUCUCUUUUGAAAAGAAAUAACUGCGGCAAAGCUUUAGAGAUUGCGAGAGUAGCCAGGGACAUGCUCGGUGGUAAUGGAGUGUCUGAUGAGUAUCAUAUUAUAAGACACGUUAUGAAUCUUGAAGCCGUUAAUACUUAUGAGGGGACUCAUGAUAUCCACGCCCUAAUUUUAGGAAAAGCGAUAACAGGAAUACAGUCUUUCUAUUAA